GGGCGGGGUCUCAGCUCCGGAGCCUAAGGGAGUGUGACCCUCUCGCUUCUUGGCGGGAAGAACGUGAGGAGAUAGUUUCUUUUCUAAACACUAAGAAAUUUGAGGACGGUGGGGCAAAACGACUGACUCCCACUUUCCUGUGACUCUGUAGCUGGAAAACUGUCAAAAUCUGUGGAUAAAUUUUGAGACAAGAAGUAUGGCAUCCAAAAUAAAUACCAGUUUCACUUUGAUUCCCAACCAGAAACACAGACGUAGUAAUCGUCGAACCAGCUGUUACUCCAAGACCCUUGGCUCAGGCUUUCAACCCAUAUCAACAUUUGGAAAUUUUAAAGCCUUACCAUUGGAAAUAUUCCAAAUAAUUUUAGAAUAUUUGUCAGUGAAGGAUAUCAGCAUGCUAAGCAUGGUGUCUAAAGCAAUCAGCCACCAUAUUGUUAAUUAUAUAUCAACCUCAUCAGGAAGCAAAAGACUUUUACUACAGGACUUUCAUAACCUUGAGCUGCCUGGCAGGAGACAAGACUCUGCUAUGCUGGAGCACUACAGAUCUCUAGGUCUACUGUUUAAAAGAUGCACAUUGCUGCUACCCACCAAGGAAAGGCUAAAGUACAUUCACAAGAUACUCACAGAAGUUUCCUGCUUUAAAUUCAGUGGCUGUGCAGCUCCUAUGCAGUGUUUAGGAUUCACAUGUUAUGGCAUGUUUUUACAGACCUUAACAGCAGGUUGGGAUGAACUUGAGUGCCAUCGCGUUUAUAAUUUCUUAUGCGAACUGACCAAUCUCUGCCGCAAGAUGCAAAUGGUUGUCUGCAGCAAACCAGGAAGUGCCCGAAAACUGGAGUUAAGGAUCAGACUCUUCUGUAGGAAUGUCCUGCUUGAUCAUUGGACACAUCGAAGUGAUUCUGCUUUUUGGUUGACACAAAUAUUAAAACCAUGGCCAAUGGUGAACCAGGCAAGAUUACUGUACAUCAUCUUUGGGCCAGUAUCUCCUCAGGAUGGACAGGUGGUUUGGCAGAAAAUGAUAGAAGAACCUACAGAUGAAUUCAGUCUGAAAGGUUUGGCUGAUGCCAUUAAGUUAUUAUAUGACUCUGGCACUAAAGAGUGGACAGCAGAUGAUGUCAUCAGUCUUGUAGAUGAACUAUCAGUGGUUCCCCAUGAGUGGCUUCUAGAGAAUAAUGCACGUCUCCUAAUGCUAACUGGAAACAACAUCUGUCUCACUUUCAUGGCUAGUAAAGCUGUGAAUGGACGGGCCAUUGAACUGGCAAGGUUCAUAGUCUUUUUGGCUUUGGUGUGUGAGAAAGAACUAUACUGCAUGGAUUGGACAGUUAAAAUGAUGCGAAGAGUCUGUAAAGUCUUUAGCACUCCAGUGGAGAGAAAUAACUUCCUACAGAAUGUGGCAAAUGCAUUUGCAUGUGUUACAAUGGAAAUGCUGCAAUCAAUCAUGUCUGGAGACCGUGAUCAAGAUGACAGAGGCUUCUUGAAUUUGUUCCAUCUUGUACAUGCUCAGGCUAACUUCCAUAAGGAGGUUCUGUAUUUGACCAUGAAUACUCCUCUGUCUACCUAAAUACUCAGAAAGCCUUGCCUUUAGAGAACCCCAACGAACUAAUGAUUAGAGGAGUGCUGCUUUUUCACUCAAAAAAUAGCAUCCAUGGGACUUUUAUCAUCUAAGUCACCUAAGAAUUCAGAAGCUGCAUAGAAUUUUAGAAGCAACUACUUACAUCAUUAUUAAUAUAAAAAUAGCAGGCAAAAUCAAGAAUGUACUGAGAUUUCUCUGGAAAACAAGCUCUGCCUUUCCAGGUUUUGGUCAACCUAACACCAAGCCAAAGUAGAAUGUUAACUGUCCAGGAAUCUGGGACCAGCCAACCUCUAUGUGUGAAUCUCUGAAGCAAGGAAAAAUUCUAUUUUAUCAUUAGAUCCAAAUUCACUAAAUAGUAUGUAUGUUCACUUUGCUUAAGUUGUAUAGACAUAGCCCAGAAUGUUUUGUGAAGAUUUGCAAUAUGGUGUUUGGAAUGUGUAGAAUACAAAUCACAAGUUUUUACCACCUUCUUGGCAUAUGCUUACAAAGAACAUUAUAUUUUGUUCAUGUUUUACAUGAACUAAUGGAUAAUAAACAAAGUAUAUGUGUGUGUGUCUAUAUAUAUAUAUAUAUAUAUAUAUAUUUCCUUCUUUAAGAUGAAUCAUAUAAAAGGUCUAUACAUACAGGCAGGCAUAUAUUGUCUCAAUACAAUCAAAUCAUCUUUUACUGGGGAUUCAAAUAAAAUGUAGCAAACAAGAGAAAAAUAAAAUGAAAGAAAAUAGC